GUUUACACACGAACUGACGGAAAUUCUUGCGUGUCAUCCUCUCCAAGUCUCCACCCGAAACGAGUCCCGACUCCAAAUCCCAUCCAAGAAUCUCGUCCUCACUCCAACAACCUCCCCCCGCCGCGCUGCUACCAAUCCAAUCCGCAGCUCGAAUUGCAAGGUCUACUCGUGGAUUGGAGCAUGGGGCUCCGAUCCCCCCGCGCGAUGCUGUGCUUACUACUGGUGUCGGCGGCGCUGCUCUGCACUGGCUGCCACGGCGGGUUCUUGGUGGAGAAGAACAGCCUCAGGGUGACGGCGCCGAGCGACCUCAAGGGCACCUACGAGUGCGCCAUUGGCAACUUCGGCGUGCCCCAGUACGGCGGCACCAUGGUCGGCGUCGUCACCUACCCCAAGGCCAACAAGAAGGCCUGCAAGAGCUUCGAUGAUUUCGACAUCUCCUACAAGCCCAAGCCGGGCUCACUCCCCACCUUCCUCCUCGUCGAUAGGGGAGAUUGCUUUUUCACAAAGAAGGCAUGGAAUGCACAAAACGCAGGAGCAGCAGCAAUCCUUGUUGCUGAUGAUAAAACUGAACCCCUAAUUACAAUGGACACGCCUGAAGAGAGUGGAAACACAGACUAUUUAGAGAAUAUCACCAUUCCUUCUGCAUUGAUAACCAAAAGCUUUGGUGACAAGCUCAAGAAAGCAAUUGAUAAUGGUGACAUGGUUAAUGUGAAUUUGGAUUGGAGGGAGUCCCUGCCCCACCCUGAUGAGCGUGUUGAGUAUGAGUUUUGGACUAACAGUAAUGAUGAAUGUGGCCCUAAAUGUGAUAGUCAGAUUGAUUUUGUCAAGAGCUUCAAAGGAGCAGCGCAGGUACUUGAGAAGAAGGGAUACACACAGUUCACUCCUCAUUACAUUACCUGGUAUUGCCCAGAGUCCUUCAUUUUAAGCAAGCAGUGCAAAUCCCAGUGUAUCAACCAUGGGAGAUAUUGUGCACCUGACCCGGAACAAGAUUUCAGCAAAGGGUAUGAUGGGAAAGAUGUGGUAGUUCAGAAUUUACGUCAAGUUUGUGUUUAUAAAGUUGCUAAGGAGCAUGGAAAACCUUGGCUGUGGUGGGACUACGUGACAGAUUUUGCAAUUCGGUGUCCAAUGAAGGAAAAGAAGUAUACCAAAGAAUGUGCUGAUGGAGUUAUCAAGGCGCUUGGCCUUGAUCACAAAGCCAUAGAUAAGUGUAUUGGUGAUCCAGGUGCUGAUAAAGAAAAUCCUGUGUUGAAAGCUGAACAAGAUGCACAGAUUGGCAAGGGCUCUCGUGGUGAUGUUACCAUUCUACCGACUCUCGUAAUCAACAAUAGACAAUACAGAGGGAAACUUGAUAAAGGAGCAGUUCUUAAGGCAAUUUGUGCUGGUUUUCGAGAAACCACUGAGCCAGCCGUUUGCUUGAGUGAAGAUAUACAAACAAACGAGUGCUUGGAGAACAAUGGUGGCUGUUGGCAAGACAAGGUUGCUAACGUCUCUGCAUGCAAGGACACUUUUCGUGGAAGAGUUUGCGAGUGUCCAGUUGUGAAAGGUGUUCAAUUUGUUGGUGAUGGAUACACUCAUUGUGAAGCUUCGGGUUCUGGCCGUUGUGAAAUUAACAAUGGAGGAUGCUGGAAGGAAACCAGGCAUGGCCAGACAUAUUCUGCCUGCACUAAUGAUGGCUGUAAAUGCCCGGAUGGGUUUAAAGGUGACGGAGUCCACAAAUGUGAAGAUAUUGACGAAUGCAAGGAACGGUCUGCAUGCCAGUGCAAGGAAUGUAAAUGCAAGAACACAUGGGGAAGCUAUGAGUGUGGGUGCAGUGGUGGCUUGCUUUACAUGAAGGAGCAUGAUACAUGCAUAAGUAAAAGUGCUGCAACAGAGGUAGGAUGGAACUUCUUGUGGGUGAUCUUCUUCGGCUUAGUAGUAGCAGGAAUUGCAGGAUACGCGUUAUACAAGUACAGGAUCCGGAGAUACAUGGAUUCAGAAAUCCGCGCCAUCAUGGCCCAGUACAUGCCCCUUGACAACCAAGGGGAAGUUCCCAAUCAUUCUCACCAUAUUGAGCUGUGAAGAGUGAGUACUGCACGCAGCUUCCCCCCCAACCAAAGGGGAUGAGAAGAGGUGAAGAAAGACACUGCCUUAUAUGUCUAGUAUCAGUCUGACGAUCUUAUGUGUAGCACUAGCAAAUUUAGGCCUUGUAAAUUUCUAGAUCAACCUGUGGCUGCGUGGCUUCUCUAUGCCUGACUGCUUUGCAAGUUUGUGAUCUCGAGGAAGAACACUAUUGACAUUUCCCACCAAAAAGUCUUUUUUUUUUGGGAAGCAUGAAUCUUGUAUAUAGAAUUUUGGUGUGAAUCAGCUUGCUUAGGGCCCGUUUAGUCCCCAUAACUUUUUUUCCUCAAAA